AUGUUUGACUGGACUAGGUCAGAAAACUCAGCCUUCUCUCUCUCUCUCUGCCUUCUUCCUUCUUCCUUCUCCUUCACAUUCUAUCUGCCAUAAAUAGUACAGGGUAUGCAGCAAGCAGGUACUUAAAUAUAUGCUGCACGAGGGGUUCGUCAUCGUGUUCAGCCAAACUCUCAACACAUAUAUAUCGCAGAAGCUAGAACUUGAGACAAGCAGCUUGCUGGGAGUAAUAGAGGUGAAGAAGGCGCUCCAGGCCGGAGAGAAGCAUAGGGAGAAUGAGAGGGUUCGAGAGGAAAGGAGUCCGGCAGUACAACCGGUCGGAGGUGCCGCGGAUGCGGUGGACGGAGGAGCUUCACCGGCAGUUCGUCGAGGCCGUCGAGUGCCUCGGUGGCCAGGACGAAGCAACUCCGAAGCGAAUUCUUCAGUUGAUGGGCGUGAAAGGAGUCAGCAUAUCUCAUAUCAAGAGCCAUCUUCAGAUGUACAGAAGCUCUAGCAACAGCAGUACCCAUCAGUCCAGCCUCCAUAAGUCGACAUCAACCAGUGAUAGCAAGCGCGUCUUCCUGAACCGUGAAGAUCACUGCAUCUACGCGUCACCGGAUGGAAACACACCAGCUUCAGACAGGAACAUUUACGCCAUGUUCCGUGGUUGCAGUCAUUCGUCACCGUACCAAAUACCGUCGCUACAAGAAGUAUUCAGAAGCUGGGAACAAAGUAGAGGGCGUGUUCCUUGGGACUCCAACGUGCUGACAAUAGAGCAGGCGGUUAGGCCAAGAAGUCACACUACUUGCAACAUGAUGAAGCCUGAGAAGCAAACGGGCUGCGACCUCACGCUGUCGAUCGGCCUGUGGGAGGACGCGAGCAGCGACGCCGACGGCUCGAGCACGAUCAGCGAGGAGCUCCCGGCUCCGGCAGCCGGCGCUCGCUGCGUCGCCACCGUGAAGGAGGAGGAGAGCAAGCCGGCUCUGAACCUGGACCUGACCAUUUCGUCGUCUUGGCUGGCCUGACGCCGCCGGCCGGCCGGCGCUACACGUGACGACACGCUUACGUACAUACGCUCGUGUAUAGUUGUACGGACACAUGCAUGCAGAGGUAGCAGCAGACUGCGUGAUCUCAGGCUUCACUAGACUGUAUAUGGCGUGGUACUGUCUUGAUAGGCCGCCCGGAUUUUCGUGUCCUUGAUCUCCUUUGCCACUCUGUUCUAGUCUUUUCUUUUCUUUUUCUAUAGAUUUGUAAAUUUUUCAGAUCCGUUCGAUUAGCAAUCAGGACUUCAGACGACGAUGGGUGAGGAAUUUCUGCUAUCUUUUUCCUUCUUGGGAGAAGGCGCUGUAUACCUGAACUCCUCACCUGUCAUCGUCUGAAAUGUUCUAUUUCUGAUCGUGCGAUUUGUCUAGACUCUUAGAAAAGGAGUAUGCACGUUGUUAUUAUUGCUAGCUAUUUCAGUGAAUGACAGAGGACAGAUAUAUAUCUUGAAUUUACUAUUUUCAGUUGCG